AUGCAACAGUGGGACUCGCACAAAGCACAUUUCCAUCGGCCGCAGACCUUGGUCUACCAAGAUGGCUUUAAUCUGGCCUAUCACCCAACGGUUGGCAUCGGAGGAGAACCCCUUUUAUUAGAGCAGUAUAUCACGCACGGGGAGAUCGACUUCGACUUUGACGCGCCACAGAUCGACGAUCUCGCCUUGGAUCUGUCGUCCUACCACCGACCCCAGACCCUGGUUUACAGGGACGGCUUAAAUGUGGCCCACCGGCCGCCUUUCCGCUCUGGAGUCAAACCCAUUCUGUCGAAGAAGUUGGGCCCGCGGGACAAAUAUGAGUUCUCCUUUAAGCCGCCAAAUAUUAGACAUUCACAGGACUCUUUUGUCGGGGGCUUCUCCCCAGAUUACACCCCAGGUUACAUCAACAAUGACAAGGUGCUGCGCUUUUUUGCAUAUUUUAAGGAGGACUGCCAGUACUCGGCGAAAGAGGUGUACUGCGUGCGCCCCGUGGUCCUUUACUUCUACCUGCUGGACAACACCAUGGAGAUGUUUGAGCCGUCGGUGACCAACUCCGGGAUGCUCCAGGGCAAGAGGAUCAAGCGGCAUCGCUUUCCCAAGAACGAACAGGGAGAUCACUACGUGUGGAAAGACCUCAACCUCGGCAUCGACCUGGAGGUGUACGGGGUCAUGUACCACAUCACGCAGUGCGACGCUUUUACAGAGAAAUUCCUGGAGCGCGAAGGCGUUAUCUUGAACGACCCCGAGCUGAUGCCGGUGGACCCUUACACCAAACGCCGGGAGUUCCACCCGCCGUGCCACACGACGCCCUCGUGCUUCGACCGCCGGGGCAAAUUCCUCGCAAUGGAAGGCAAGGUGCUGCAGUUCUUUGCCAUGUGGGAAAUCAGCGAAGACGGAAAUGUGCCCGUUCUCAUCAAGUAUUACCUCGUGGACGACUCGGUGGAGAUCAGAGAGGUCCCGGCGCACAGCACCAGGAGGGACGCGUGUCAGUACUUUCGCAGACAGAGGAUGUACAAGAGACUCAAAGAAAAGCCGUUCCCCCGCUGUGUGCUGGAGGUGUCGGACGAGGACGUGGAAGAGUAUUACACGCCCGUAGAUUUCCAGCUGGGCCAAAGGAUAACGCUGUGGAGCAAAAACUUCUUCCUGUACGACUGUAACGCCUUCACCCGAGAGUAUUACCAAUACAACUACCCUCGCAUGAAGAUGAUGCCCAUUGAGAUGCCGAUGGCGGUAAUCAAGGAAGUGCACCCGGACAGGAAGAAGUUGCCGGAGAUUCCUCCCUACAACGGCUACGGGUCACUUGAAGAUUCCCUCCAGAACUGUUUGUGUCUGAUUCCCAAACCUCCCAGAAAGAACGUGUUAAAGAUGCUGGAGAACGACCACAAAGUGCUGCACUACAGUGCCAGACUGGACUCCCAGUAUCUGGAAGACCACGGACGGUGUUUCCUGCUGUCCUACCACCUGUCCACUGACACCAUCUCUAUUUUUGAAUGGCCCAUUCCCAACUCGGGCAUCAUCUCUGGCAAGUUCCUAAAAAAGACGCGCAUCCUCAAGCCAGACUCCACCAUGGAGAAGCCCGAGUACUACUCGCCUGCAGAUUUUGCGAUCGGAGCCACCAUAGAAAUUUUUAGCCACCACUUUGUGUUGACCAACGCUGCCCGCUUUGUGCUCACGUACCUGGAGUCCAUGGCGAGUCAGAUUCCCGUGCGCACGUUGGACUCGUUGCGCCAGAAGAUGGGUGUGCAGACGACAAAUAACUAGCCGGAUCGACAUGUUUCAAUUUAGCCAUCUUAGAAAUGACUCUCUGCCGGCUCGCGGAGACAAAUAUCAGAGAUGUGGACAAACACCGAGGACACGGAGCGUCGACCAAUUCACUAAGAUGUUAAAUCUUCCUUGAUUUGGAUGCACGAGGAAAGACUCCCAGUGACAGAACUCGCAGAAAGACACUUGGAGUCAUGUACAUAAAGUCUACCACUCUAUAAUAUUAUAGUUUGUUUAUGUUCUGUUUUAAACUUGAAUGGGAUUAAACUGUGACAAUAUCUCCUGUGCAUGGAUUCAAUUAUCUGUGUUUGUUUGUUUUAAACCUGCUGCUUUUCUUUCUUUUUUUAAAAUUAAUUUAAUUGUAUUGUAUGAACUUUAUCUAUGCAGUUAAACUGAUGCAUUGCCCUCGGUCAGAGUGGGAUUUGUUGGUGUUGCCUGCCCCCUGGUGGUCAACAUUUGGCGCUACUGUUUGAAUAAAUUCUCCAUAAAC